CUAAACACUGACAAAUUCUCCAUGUUCGAGCACUAAUUAUAUUCUAGUGUUCUCCAAAAUCUUUUUUUUUUGUUUUUGUUUUUGUUUUCUGUGUUUAGAUUUUCGUUGAAGAUCAGUAAAAUACGAAUGAGAAAAAGAGGGAAUUUCAGAGCAUUCACAAAUUUUAUGGUGAUGAUGAUAAUGGAGAUAAAAUUCCAGCAUCAGAAAGUUCAAAUACUUCUUCCAAAUGUUGGGGUUUCCUUUCUUUGGGAGAUUUGGAUAUGGUGAAAUUAUUGCUUCUAUGCAUUUAGGGAGGUAUGAUAAUGAUUAAUAAAGUCUCCUUACUCGUUGAGCAUGAAAUCUUAAAUUUGGCAUUUUUUUGAAUCCUGUGUCCUUUGUUGAUGUUGCUUCUACAAAACUAUUCAUUGAAUGAACUUACCUAGUUAAACAACAAAUUUUUUUUUUUUUAUUAUUUCUGUAGCAACCCAAGAUGUGAAGAUUACUGAGGGACAAACAUCGUAUGUGCUACUGCACUCCUUUUUGCCUUUUUCUUUUUAGUUUUUAUAUGCACAUCUUAUUUUUGCAGACACCAAUGCUGGUUUCAAUCCAGUACCAUUGAAGGUGAAUAUAUGUCUUUGGAUUUAUCUUGCAGUAGAAGUCCAAAUUGGAAAGAUUGGAUUCUACAAAUGCAUAGUCAGCAUGGUGAUGAAUUCAACUGUGGUGAUGAUGAUCCUUUUUUUCUUGUUACUGAAUCAAUCAAACAAGAAGUUCAUAACUUGUGACGGUAUUGUAGUUAAUAAGUUCAUCCUUUGAAAUUUUAAUCUGAACUUAGCUUUCUGUAAUUUGAACUUCCCUACACUUUCCUGAACUUACAAGAACAAUUGAAAUUUCCUGAAUUUAUUCUGAACUUUUUAAACCACUUGAAGAAAAGCCUCUAAUCUGGUUUUAAUGUGCUAAAAAAGUCAAAUAGUUAGUUUCACCAUUAUAAUUUAUAAUAUAGAUUUUUUUUUGUUAUUUAAGCAGUUAGUUUGGCAAAAUGAAACUGUUACUGUUCAAUUUUCCUACAAAAGUAAUUCCUUCAAUAUGAUUAUAGGAAGUAAUACUGAAUGUUGUUGAUGUUGGUGACAAAACCUUAUCCUGGAAAAGUAAUCCAUUUUUCUUUGUUUGGUUUGUGAAAGUGGAAAACAGUCUUCCAGUUGGUGGAAAAUAGUCUUCCCAAUUGUUGAAAAUAUUUUCCUUCUUAAAACACCCUCUAAAAGGAAGCUGCAAAUGUGUUUUAACAUAUCUUUUAUAAGGAAAAUCAUUUUCCAUUUAAUUUUUUUUGGCCAACCAAACUGAGCCUUAGUGGCAUGACAGUGAGCUUGUAUGAAAUUUUCCAAGGAAAGUGAAAGUCCCCUACCAAUGUCCAUGGUAGUGGAACUCUUUUUCUACUUUCUAAGUUCCCCCUGAAUAUGUUUUCCUUUGUAGAUUUACGUUAACUACGUGGUACCCAUUAAUUAGGUGAUUGCAACGAACUUUUUUUUGAAGAAAAACACACACUUAGAGGUGGAGAAGAAUUGUCAUGGGACUUUCUUUGCAAAAUUACAGUAUAGUCACUACCAACUUUUUGUUUGACAGCAUGGUGACAACUACUAUCAUUUGCUGUUGCUUACCAAAUAAGUUCUAACAAUCGAUGAAGAAGUUUAUUAUGGAACGUAGAGCAUAUAUUCCUCCCCAUACUCUCCUGCUGCGUUGUGUAGAUGAUUUGAUUUAAGAAACUCAAUUUUUGGUGUAUCUGUUCUGUUAUUGUUUUGAGACCUAUAUUUAAUGUUUUAGUUGUUAGUUUGGCUAUCAUAAGAACAACCUAUUUGCAACAAUCUAUUUUUUUUUUUUUAGUUGAAGGCUUUGAAAAGGAUGCACGAGGUAAGUGACAUAUAGGCAGUAUUUCAUCUUUUCAUCAUGUAAUACCAUUCUGUUUUAUAUUAUGUGUAGCGAAGGAUUUCCCUAUAUGUUGUGGAUUGCUCUUGCUUUGUCAUUUGUUGUUUUGCUAAUUGCAAACCAUUUUUUACAAACAGGAGAGGCACAAUUUAUUUGCAGGCCACUAGAGGUUGACAAAGAAGAUGGUAGUGUGCUUAGAGCUGCUGCUACUAGCACAAACGUGAAACUCCGCAGCUCUAUUUCUCUGCCUACUGUUGUGAUAGAUCCAGGAAAGGAAUUAAGUACUGAUGCUUCAGUAUCUGCUGGAACAUUACCUCCUAAAGAAAUUGUUGCUGUCGUGCGGCCUUCCAAUUUCACUCGAAGUAGUGCCUCAAACAAUUUAGACCAAAAAUGCAUUCUAAGGGACGAUUAUGAGAUGUGCCUGGAUAUUAAAUUUAAGACUGAAGCUGCAAAACGCCCCAAGAUGGACCAUUUAUCAUGUUGGAUGUCAGUGUUUGUAUAGAUUUUCGGUGGGCUCAAUCCCAAGCUUUUUUUUUUUUUUGAAAAUCUGGGGAUAAUUCAUUCUCCUUCUCUCUU